AUGGCCCUGACCACUACGACGCUCGCCCAUCAGCUUGAGGAGCUCAGCUUGCUGAAAUGCUCCAUCCUCCCUGGAGAAGAGAUAUUGUUCAUCCCAUCCUCGGACGGGAUAGAUCAUUGGGGCCGGUUACUGGACACUUUCAUAGACAAUUCAAUGGAUAGCACCAGCCUCUCAGACAGAGUGCCAGGUGGACUGAAGCCGGCACGCUUCCAAGUGAAGAUAGACGUAUUCAAUAUCUGGUUUGAAGUGGCCUUCCACGAGGAGUACCACGGAGAUGACUUGUGCAGUGGGCGUGUCCUCAUUCUAGUAAAAGGAGACAACCUCGGCCGUAUAGAGCAGGAGCACUGGCAGACCAUCGUCAGGGAGAAGAUGAACGAGGUCAAAGACAGUGAAUAUCCGGUCUUUGAGCUGAUCUCAACGCACCUUCUCCCCGAACUUCACGCUACAUUUGACGCACGAGCUGGAUUGCAUACAGCAAGCUCAACCGCGGAUCCAGGAUUAUUACAUCCCGCCAACGCACAAGCACCCCGCUUCCACGCUCUGCUGACUUCUCACCACCUCAUUUCGCCAAAUAAGCGUCGCUCUCUGCAGCAAUGGUCCGGCGAACUUUCAGUGACGGGAUUUGCGAAGGUUGGCUAUCCUGGCGUCAUAUAUUGCGAAGGAGAACGGGUGCAAUUACAGAAGUUCGUGGCAAACGUGAAGGCAAUGCAGUGGCUAGCAUUGCGUAUCAGGUUUGUUGAACCAUUACCCCAGGCAGUAGGGCAAGAGUACGAGACUCGAAGGCGCUGGGUAGAGUUUGAGAAAGUCGGCAAAGUAGUCGAAGAAAUGAAGCGACUGAAGCGAGAGAAUUAUGUUGUAGAGAUGGGUAUAGGUAGCACCAGCAUGGGCUCAUCCAAUGCAAUGAAAUAA